CCUAGAUUUACCAUACCCCGAGUAUUUGACACUUGAAGCAAAUAACCUCACCCCCUCUUUUACGUUUUGUUCUUUCAUAAACCCUAGCGGAUAUUCAACGGUUUGAUAGAGAAAAAAGUUCCAUCAGAUUUGGAUCGAGAAACAAUGGAAGCUACCCAAAAUGAUUUGGAGAGGCUAAUGAUCUUCGAACAUGCUCGUAUAACCGCCGAAGCAGAGUACGCCAAGAACCCUACUGACGCAGAUAAUUUAACAAGAUGGGGUGGAGCUCUUCUGGAAUUAUCCCAAUUUGGAGAUAUAAACGAAUCAAAGAAGAUGCUUAGAGAUGCUGUGUCAAAACUUGAUGAGGCAUUGACUAUCAAUCCUGCAAAACAUGAGGCUCUGUGGUGUUUAGGAAAUGCUCACACUGCUAAUGCAUUUCUAACCCCUGAUCAUGAUGAGGCUAAAGUUAAGUUUGAUAAGGCAACUCAAUGUUUCGAAAAGGCUGUAGAAGAGUGUCCAGGGAAUGAACAUUAUCUUCAGUCAUUGGCACAAUGUGCUAAGGCAACUGAGUUGCACAAGGAGAUCCACGCACAUGGUGGACUUAGUCAAGGUCAACAAACAUUAGGCGGAGGGUCUGGGCCUUCUUCAAGUGCUAAGGGGAGUGGAAAAAGCAAGAAUAGUGAUUUGAAAUAUGAUAUAUUUGGAUGGGUGAUCCUUGCUGUUGGGCUUGUUGCGUGGAUAGAUAUCCGGCACUAUGGAGCUCUUGAAGCAGGGGCAAACCACCCCAAUAGUCCAAAGAUGAAAGUCCUGGUGGAGCAUUCAAAUGAGCAACAAAUUACGAAUAAAGGAAUAAAAGAAGUUGGAGGGUUUGAUUAUUGUUCUGGGGAAAAAAGACAUUGGCGCUGGUAG